UCAUAUCGUAACCUGGUACGAAAAAGUAACUUACACUCGUAGCUGUAUUGAAGUGGUGUGUUUUUAGGGAAUCUCAUCAUUCUUCACUACAAAGAAUGCAAAAGUCUCCUUCCGUUUUGUGAUCCCCCAACCAGGAUAUUGAUUAACUCCCCCUAGCGGAAGUGCCUGCAGCUCAAUAAACUACAUCGUUCGUUUGAUCAGAGUGAAUUUGUGAAAGUUGUUUCCACCGGGAAGGAGCUGCCUGGGAAUACACUGUCGACAGCUUUUCUCGCAUUUCUUCUGGAGAAAUGAGGCGGAAAGAAAAACGUCUACUGCAGUUCGCAGGGUUGCUUAUAGCGGCUCUUCUUUUCCUGCCGAACGUUGGUCUGUGGUCAUUGUAUCGAGAUCGAGUCUUUGAGAACUCGCCAGAAAUAGUGGAGGGACCGGGUGGCAUCCUUCAAAUACAGGGAUUGAACGUCAGGCCCCGGAAUAAUGCCCAGCUGGGGCGGGACGGCAUGCGAAGGAAAGACUGGCACGACUACGAUGCAAUUAGGAGAGACGCUACUCGCUCUGGUAACGGCGAGCAGGGGAAGCCUUUUCCGCUGACCGACGCUGACCGGGUAGACCAGGCCUACAGGGAGAAUGGGUUCAACAUCUACGUCAGCGAUAGGAUCUCCCUCAAUCGCUCUGUCGCAGACAUCCGGCACCCAAACUGUAAACAGAAGCUGUAUGCGGUGAAGUUGCCCAACACCAGCAUCAUCAUACCAUUCCACAACGAGGGCUGGUCAUCCCUGCUCAGGACUGUACACAGCGUGCUCAACCGGUCCCCCCCUGAGCUCAUUGCUGAGGUCAUACUGGUGGACGACUUCAGCGACAAAGAGCACCUUAAGGCGUCUCUGGAGGAGUACAUGGUGCGGAUGCCCAAGGUGAGGAUCUUGCGCACCAAGAAGAGAGAGGGGCUCAUCAGGACACGUCUGCUGGGGGCGGCAGCCGCCAAGGGAGAGGUCAUCACUUUCCUCGACUCGCACUGUGAAGCCAACGUCAACUGGCUGCCCCCGCUGCUUGACCGUAUCGCCACAAACAGGAAGUCCAUUGUCUGUCCGAUGAUCGACGUGAUCGACCAUGACAACUUUGGUUACGAGACACAGGCCGGUGACGCCAUGCGAGGAGCGUUUGACUGGGAGAUGUACUACAAACGCAUCCCCAUCCCCUCUGAGCUGUCAAAAGAGGACUCUAGCGAACCCUUCGAGUCUCCUGUGAUGGCUGGUGGACUCUUCGCCGUGGACAGAAAGUGGUUCUGGGAGUUGGGAGGAUAUGACACAGGACUGGAGAUCUGGGGAGGAGAGCAGUACGAGAUCUCUUUCAAGGUGUGGAUGUGUGGUGGGCGUAUGGAGGACAUCCCAUGCUCCAGGGUGGGUCACAUCUACAGGAAGUAUGUUCCCUACAAGGUCCCCGGCGGGGUCAGCCUGGCCAGAAACCUAAAGCGAGUGGCAGAGGUGUGGAUGGAUGAGUAUGCUGAAUAUAUCUACCAGCGAAGGCCAGAGUACAGGCACCUGUCGGCAGGAGACAUGACUGUGCAGAAGGACUUGAGGAGCAGCCUCAACUGUAAGAGCUUCAAGUGGUUCAUGACAGAGGUGGCCUGGGACCUGCCCAAGCACUACCCACCUGUGGAGCCCCCUGCUGCCGCCUGGGGAGAGCUGCGCAACGUAGGCAGUGGCAUGUGCAUGGAGAAUAAACACUUUUCGUCUGGGUCGCCCAUCCGCCUGGAGACAUGUCUUAAGGGGCGGGGCGAGGCUGGGUGGAGCCAUGGACAGGUGUUCACGUUUGGCUGGAGGGAGGACAUCCGCGUGGGGGACCCCAUGCACACUAAAAAGGUGUGCUUUGAUGCCAUCUCCCACAACAGCCCCGUCACCCUGUAUGACUGCCACGGCAUGAAGGGCAACCAGCUGUGGCGCUACAGGAAGGAUAAAAGUUUAUACCACCACAUCAGUAACAGCUGUAUCGACAGCAACCCCACAGAGAGAAAGGUGUUUAUGAACAUGUGUGACCCCAGUGUCUCCAGCCAGCAGUGGGUGUUUGAGAAAACCAACACCACAGUGCUGGAGACAUUCAACCGCAGUAACAACUGAGACCAGUAGGGGUCAGCACUGAACCUGAAUACCACUCACCCAGGGACUGUGUUGUUAUACUUUGACAGAAGUGGGCUGUUGUUUCUCUAAAAGGGUCUGGGGAAAAAGGGGGGUUAGCAUUGGCAAGCCAGUCUAGACACAUCAGUUAUUGGGAGAUGGAGAAAGUAUGGCGCCUGAGAGGCUCGUUCUCUGUGAUGGCGGGGAGUUCCUGCGUCAAGGGGAUUAGGUCUGGCACGGCCAUUCUGAGGUUGCCCGUCUCACUUACUUAUUCACGCUCCGCUCUGCUUCUCCGUGCAUCUCCCAGGUGUCUCUGCCCAUAUGUCCAUCUCCAUCACCCUGCGUGAGUGCGCCUCUUACUCAGUCACUUUUUCCAUUCUCCUGAUUUGGAGCCACUGCUCUGACAGCCCCCCUGAGACUCUCGCUGAACCAAACCCAGACUGACACUUGGGUAAAGCCAGCCAGAAACAACCACUCUCUGCAAAGCACCGUGUUGAUUCUUGUUUUUGUUUUCUUGCUGUGCUCACUUGGCUAGCAGUUUCUCAUUCUUGGUUUCCUCUUUAUUGCGUUGAUCAAAAGUGGAGUUGGGCAAACUAUCCAAAUGUAAAGGGGAAAGAAAAGCCCCCCCAUCUUUUAAGAAGUACAUUUUUGGAUCUGAAUGAAUAAUACUAUAGUAGCAGCACUUUGUCUAUUUGAAGAGCUGUGAUUUGAUGCCAAUGAGGGAUCUCUUCCAGGUGAUAUGUCCAGAGAGGGAACUGUAAGGGCUCUGCCUGGGAUUAUCCCAGAGGGAUAAUAGUUAGUCUCUGGAACGACCUCAUUACGAAAACACUAAACCGUGUGGCAGAAAAACAUACUGAGGUCAGCAGCACCGAGACAGUAGACUUCCCAAACUCAUAAGGAGUGUCUCUAGACUGGUUUGCACAGGGGGAGGGGUUGGUGAUGGGUAUUAUAGGUGUUUUAAAUGCAUUAAGCACUUGCAAUGAUAAACUUGAAUGACAAUCUUAGUGCCUUGCUGGAUGAGAGAAAAAGUAUACAGCCUGGUCUGACUUGGCAUGGCCUGGUGCCCUAUUUCAGUCCUCCAACUUCUCCACUGUCUCAGACUGACUGAGAUAGUGGAGAGGCAGGCCAUCUGAGGUGACACUGGCUCUUAACCAUGGAUGGGUUUCUGCAACACUUAUGUAUAUGUAAUGAUAGUGAAUAGUUGAAGAGACUAGCAAACAACUAUGUGUUCUCCUGCCUUUAAAAGUGAACAGCUUCCCUGCAAAGACCCUCUGUUUGUGACAUGUCACCAUCAUGCCAUGUUGUUAUCAUCAAAACACAGUUGGACAUGCAAGCAUUCAUUAAUAUUGAUUUCCUUUGUUUAGGUUUUGUCGCGUUAUUACUUUCUCAGCGUUUCAGAUUUUCUUUAAGUGUUUUGUCUUAGUUUAAUGCAAAGUUUUGACUUGGAUGUUGUUCAGAAAGACUGCUUACAUUGCCUGCUGUGUAGUUAAGUUUUUGUUCCCCUCUUCUCCUCAGGAAUAAUUCCAAAGUAGAGUAUGAAAUAUGCUUGAUGCAAAAAUCACACCCUUCCUUAAUCUAACCUUCUUCCUUACAUUUUCGGAAAUCAAUAUAAAUCCAGUACACUAGUAUGUGUUGUAGAUUUUAACUGUUGGUCAGCAGUUUCAACUAAAAGUGUUCCUUCCAUGCUUUGUGGAGACAAUUUGGAGAAGUUCUAUAAAAGAAAAUCUACGUGGCACAUUGGUAAGAGAUGCUGCACGAUAUGGCUUUGUUCAACUUUACUUAUGAAGGGUCUUUAUUGCAAAAUCGUUUAAUGUUGUAUAUGUCCCUUCUUAUUAAACUGGAAUGUAGGACUGGCUGGGGAAUGCAAAAUUGCUCACUUUCUUUGGUUUCACUUUCUAUAAAUGUUCAUAGUUUUACCCAGGCAAGUAAGCAGCAUGUAUGGAAAACCAAAGCUGUUCAAAAUUGACAAAUCUAAGUUAACACUUUUUUUGAGGACAUUGAAGUUUUUUUUGUUUGUUAUUUGUUUUUUUCCCUGUCUUUGAGUUUUGUUUGUUUUUUAUCCCUGUCUUUGAGUUUUGUUUUAUUUGUUUUUAUCCCUGUCUUUGAGUUUUGUUUGUUCUUUGUUUUUUAUCCCUGUCUUUGAGUUUUGUUUUAUUUGUUUUUAUCCCUGUCUUUGAGUUUUGUUUGUUCUUUGUUUUUUAUCCCUGUCUUUGAGUUUUGUUUUAUUUGUUUUUAUCCCUGUCUUUGAGUUUUGUUUGUUUUUUAUCCCUGUCUUUGAGUUUUGUUUUAUUUGUUUUUAUCCCUGUCUUUGAGUUUUGUUUUAUUUGUUUUUAUCCCUGUCUUUGAGUUUUGUUUGUUCUUUGUUUUUUAUCCCUGUCUUUGAGUUUUGUUUGUUCUUUGUUUUUUAUCCCUGUCUUUGAGUUUUGCGUGUUCUUUUUGCAAUCCAAAAUAUAGAAUGUCUGGCUAUUCCAGCUAAAUAGAUUUCACAAUUAUGCUAACAUAAGUAUUAUAUCUUUGCUAGUUGAUGAUUAUAUCUGUGCUAGUUGAUGAAUUGUCCCUUCUCUUUUACACUAAUAUUAUUAGUGAAGUUGCAAAAUAACUUCACAUGGUUUAAAUUACUAUAAUUGAACUAAGGCUGGAAUUCAAUCAAACCGUCACUGCGGGGAGAAGAAAUGAGACCAUGUCCAUUGAGGGAAACUUUAAAACCCCCAUUUUGAUUUAUGCUUUUUCUCUUGUGAUACAUUGAUCGAUGUUCUCCUAAAAUGCUCCACCAGUCAGUCCAGGACUGCAAUGCCAGAAUGGAUCGAUCGAAACAUGUUUACUUUAAAGCAUUGGCGUUUAUGUAGUAAUGCUAUGUUUUUGUCUUGAGGGAGUAAACAGGGUUGUUGUACCUGUUGACGAAUGAUCAUCUUGCAAAAGUGGUAAGACUCCCCCAAAUCCAUGGCAGUUUAUUGAAUACUUAGUAGGCUGUUUAGAACAAGGAUAUUUGCAGUACAUUGACCCUGUCCAUUGCACAUGUAAAGAGCAUUUUAUUUUUAUUAUGUUAUGAUUUAUAACUUGGGUUGGAAGUCGUAAAAAAAAUGUAAUUGUGGUUUUAAGCGACAUUUUAUACAGUGCAAUUUUUUCAUGAUCUUGUGUUGGAAUUAAAUAUUGAGCUAAAAUGUGAAGACAAUACUACUUUUUUUAAAUAAAAGUUUGUAAUGUUUAAGACCAUUGUUGGUCAUUCACACAAUGCUAUGUACAUGUGUAUGCAAUUUUUAUUUGUAGGGAAGUGUACAUUUUGUAUCAUGAAUAUCCAAUAUUUUUUUCUACUGACAUAAUGACUGUAAACGUGUAUUUAGGUGUUUUAAAACACUGUGUACAACUAAACUGGAAUUGUGUAAUAUUUUUUGCUGAAAUUGUAAAAUAAAUGUUUCUAUAUUUGAA